AAUUUAUUGCAUGUUUUUCCUCGUUCCUGUUAACAGACUAGAAAAAAGUUGUACCGUACCCUAGCCUGCGUAAUCAGAAAGCACUUCUGAAUUUGCAGCUAGAGACUUUCCUUGUUGGUGGACCUCUGAGAAGCUGCAAAAGCUGAGAACGCUCGGGAGAACCGGCCAUUUCUCAAGCCAGAGAGCUCAUCUGCCUUUGUUCUGAAGGCGGCAGGGUGAACGCUCCCUAACCAGUGUUCUCGCGUGCUGGGGCCUAGAGCCGAUGGCAGACAAUGUCAACAACUAACAACAUAGCCCAGGCCCGCAAGCUGGUGGAGCAGCUCCGCAUCGAGGCCGGCAUCGAGAGGAUCAAGGUCUCCAAAGCAUCCUCCGAGCUAAUGAAUUACUGCGAGCAACAUGCCAGGAACGACCCGCUGCUGGUUGGAGUGCCCGCCUCGGAGAAUCCCUUUAAGGACAAAAAGCCUUGUAUCAUCCUAUAGCUUCCCUCGCUCGGGCGCGUGCGAUCUCUCCGGCAGGGCACCACCAUUCUGUACCGACUGAAACCAAGCCACAAACCUAAAACCGCGCCGAGGGGUAAACGCUAACGUCGGAUUCACGUAGAACUUAAAUCUCAAACAAUUGCGAGUGCUUUAGAGACGGGUGUCUGCUCCUGGGCAGGUGCCGCACUGAGAGGGGUCAAAAUUUAAAAACAAAAAACCAGGGUUUGGGGAGGGGGUGGGGGCGUUUUUAAUAGGGACAUUCAAAAUUGGUACCGGGGUGGUGGAGGAAGCGGGGUUUUUAUUGCGUUUGCCAACGGGAUGCAAGUGGGUAUCGGGACCUCGCCGUUAGGGGCGUUGAACAAAGGUCUAGGUGGGUCUGACCUGAUUAGUUUCCAAUUAGCACGUCAUUUCAAGAACCGCAGCCUGCUCGCUCCGUUUCUGGAGAGGGAACGGGGGAGAGGAGUCCAGGCGGGUGGCGAUUUCCUAGAAAACUAGUACAAAAAAAAACCAGAAACAACCCACCCCAAAUCACAACUCGAAAAAAUUGCUGUUGCAAAUGAGUAAGUCGAGCGCCGGGGAGGGGGCACGGAGGCAGCGUGGGGGGCCCCCGUCCCGCGCAGCGCGGGGAGCCCUGAGAGCCGGCGGCUCGCGGCGGGGAGCUCCCAGCAUGGGAACCGCCGGGGUCGGGCUCCUCUGAUCUCGUCGGGGUUUUGGGCUCUCUGUGGGGUUACCGCUGUUUUUUCCCAAACAGGACUGUACUGGGGGCGGGGGGAGGGAAGGGGCUUUCCGCAGCGCAGUACCGCGUGAGAAACCUUUGGAACCGGCCUUUUGGAGAUUCUCGAUCCAAAACACUAAAGCUGGCAGAUUUACCAGUAUUUCCCAUCGCCCUUGCUCUUACCGAGAGCGGGAAGUGGAAGUACUGCCACCCAGCCCCGCUAGCUCGGGGAGGUGAGGGUCAGGCUGUCGGGCAGUAGUGCAGCUCCCAUCCCUUGGCCAUCUCGCCACGCCGUGUGAAGGGGGAGGCGGCUCGGCACGGCCCGGCACGGCGCAGUGCGGCACGCGGGGAGGAGCGGGGACACAGCGAGCAGCCCCCCUGGCCCCCGGGGACAGGUCAGAGCUCAGGGAAGUCCCCACCGCAUCCCACAGCCACCUCGCUUCCCACGGUCACGGCGCCGUGGCUUUAUCCGAGCCCAGCCUGUUUCUGCGGGGCAGAGCCCAGGGCUCCGUGGCGAGGAGGAGGAGGAGGAGGAAGGCUGAUGCUCCUCUUGGUAGGCAGAGGCCCCGUUAGGUUUCCUGACCACGACACCGGUACCCAUUCCCAGUCCAAGUGAGUGCAAGCACCCGAUUCUGUGGUCUAAAUAGUUUCAGAUGCUGUUUGGGGAAGAGAAGGAAAAAAAAAAAAAACCCCACACCUGAUGUGAACGGCUGGGAGCUUCCCCGUUCCCCCAGGGUUCCUUUGGCUUUGGUUUGGGACGCCACGACCGCCCGCUGGGACGGAAAGCCCAAGAGAGGGGAGAGGAAGGAGCCCUUCGGUGUCUGCUCUGCUGCGGCUCGCUGGGAGGGAGGAGAAAUGAUGAUAACACUGGGUGCUGCCGGCGUGCGGCUGUCGGGGUCACCGCGCCGCCGCGUUGGUGCAGGCUGGCGGGGAGGAGCGGAGCGGGGCCGGUGGCCCGGGGCGCCCCAGGAGGCUGCGGUGGCGGAGAUGCUUCAUUCACACUUCUUGGUUCCAGGUGUCGCCCUCGCUUUUUUAAGUGCGUGAUCAACUCGCCUUUUUAAACAGAGUCGGGGUAAUAAAAAAAAAGGACAAAACGCGUUUUUAACACUAACACCAACCGCAGCACCUCCCGUGUUCGUCUUGCAGCCACUUCCCUGGGGUUUUUUUUGCCGAACUGAGAACUCCAAACCCCCCGUCUUCCCCGCGUCGCGGGCUCCUGGCCCGCGGGUCCUCCCCGUCCCACCGUGAGCGGUGCCGGAGGUGCACCCGGGGGAAUUUCAUUCGUUUCCCUCUGGCUGAGUGCAUCCCGGCCCUGCUCGCGCCUCCAGCCCGGUGCCGUGCUCAUGCUGUGUCCCACCACGCGCCCGCAGCUCCGCACCGGGCACCGGCCACCAGCAGCGAGGUGACCCCGAGGGCGGCUCCCCGGCACGGCCACGGGCAAAGCCUUUUUUAAUUUCAAUCUCUCAUCCAGCAUCACUUCAAGCUCCCGAAUGCCGCAUCUGUAGCGGGAAGCGAGCACUGUCCUGAGGGUUUUGCCGCAGCAGGGCUUUCUCUUCUCGAGGAGGGAAUUUCCUCUGUCCUUAAUCUAGUACAGUUCCAGCCUUAUUUUUCUACUCCAGAUCGCUGAUUCUUCCUCUAUGUUAGAGACCAGAGCAUGGUGCUAUAGCCGGUGGGCCAGGCCAGCGCCCGAGCUGCAGGGCAGCGAGACAGCCCCGCGUCCUGUCCUGCCUCCGUGCAGCACCGCGCGGGUGGCCGAGGGGAGCGCAGGCGUCGGGCACGGCUGCUCCGUGCCCGGACCUGGCCCUGGGGUGCUCCCCGCACCCCGACACCCGGCGGGAGCGAGCCCUGCACCCGAACCCCUCCGCACCCACCCCACGCCACCCGGACCGGCUGCGGGUGCUCUGCCGGCGGGUCCAGGCAGCGGGUCGGGGUCGGGGAGCGUCCCCCCGGUGUCGCGUCCCCGCUGGGCACGCGUGGCCCCGUGCGGAGCCGCGGUCCUGGCCGAAUCCUGCCGCUGCUGUGCCAUGGGGCAGGCGGGGGGCUCGGGUCUGGUGCACGGCUGGGGAUGGGAAACGGCCUCGGAGCUGGGGGGCCGCCUGCACCCAGCGCAGAGCCGCCUCCUGUCCCUCCGGGGGGACAGCGGGGACAGGGGAGCCGGGCCGGCUCCCCGCGGUGCCGUGCGCGGUGGCUGCACGGAGGGACGGAGGCUGCGGGGCCCGGCUGCAGUCGGAGGCUCGCGAGGGGGGAAAAUCCUCAACCUUUUUUUUUUUUUUUUCCUUUUAUUUUUCCUUUUUUUUUUAAUGUUUUUUCCUCGUCUGAGUAAAUCGGUGAUCAUACUGUAGAUGUUUUUUGUAUAGCAUAAGUAUAAGUGCAAAUUACGGUAGUUGCUUGUACUUUGUUAGUGCAUUUGCCAAAAAAAAAAAAAAAAAGAAAAGAAAAAAAAGUUAAAAAGAAAAAAAAAAAGACACUUUUCAGGACUUUUUAAGCGCUCCAGAAUGCUAAGGGGGGGGGGGGGCGAGGAGGUGGUUGGUGCCUCUUUUGUGCUGCUGCUCAGGCGUCGGGCAGCCAGUGCCAGCUCAGCGCUGGCUCCACAAAGGCCUUUUUUUGGGUGUAAACACAUGCCCAAAUCUGCCUGAAGUUUUCUUUUUAGCAUGUGGUGAAGCUGCUGCCAAAAAUAGAAAGGAGAGGGACCGGAGAAUAAAAGGGAGAGAGGAAACGUAGCUUCUAUUUAAUUUUUUAAAACCGGUCCCGUUUUCCUUGCCCUCCCCUCCCUGUCUCGGGGACCUUCCCAGGGCGCAGCCCCGAGCCCCGCACGGCGCCCGCGUGGCCCCGCAGCUGCCAGGCGGCUCGCUGAUGGUAACGGUGCUGCUGGUGCCGGUGCUGCCGGUGCCGGUGCCGGAGCCAGAGCCGGUGCCAGGCACGGUUUGGUGCCGAGCAGCCCGGCUGCAGAUCGCAGAGCUCGGGGCUGACCCCACGGCGCCGCCACCGUCCCCCGAAAUCGGCACCUUUGGUGCCCCCAGCAGAGCCCUCUUCCUCUGAGUACUUAAAAAGUCACCUUUAUUUAACAAAAAGUGAAAAUAACGCAUUUACUUCAUCGAGAAGAAGCCACGCGUCUGAUACUUUGCGCUCUUUAAUUUUUCUCUCUGGUCUAUUAUUAUUAUUAUUAUUAUUUGCCAAAUUCUGAUAUUGUUGCCAAACGCAAAUCAAGGUUUGUAAAGACUGUACUUAGGAAGUAAUCGGUGUACGUAACGUAGGCUCCUCAUAACGUCUGCAUUUUUGGAUCUCUGAUUUUUAUUUCUGGUGUGCCAUAGACCAAUUUCUUGCACAGUGUUUAAUAUUUCGUGGAAUUGUUGUUAAGAAGUGAAUUGAUAACACAAUAAAAAGGCUCACUUUUCAUUUUGCCAGA